ACAUUCUCCCGGAGUCUGAAAAGUUAUGAAUUAACUAACUUUAACCAUCAGAAAUGUACAUUCCAGCUUCGUUUAUGUAGGUGUUUUGUUUUGGCGGAAACAACCGGGGUGUUAAGCUCUCAACUUCUCCGGUAAUUAAACGGCUGAAUGACGUUAAACGACACCUAGCGUUAGCUGAAACAGCUAGCUAGCUAAAACUGAAGAGGAGUUUCACUGGCUCCUGACAUGACCGUCAAACUGCUGUUGGUGCUGCUGCAGCAAAAAGGCCAUCAUUGAUUUUUGAUGGAGUUUCUCAGGAAAAUCUACUUGAGACUUGACUGACCUGAUUUCGUUUGGUGAUUGUUUACAAAGGGUUUAUUAAGUGGGCCAGUUGCCAUAGCGACGCUUUGGCGGGAUAUUGCCAGGAUAAGCCGUAAUGGGUCUCCUGACGCAGUUCACUCUGCUCCUGUGGAAGAACUUCACUCUCCGGAAGAGACAAAAGGUGCGGCUGGUCAUUGAAGUGAUAUGGCCUCUGUUUCUCUUCUUCAUAUUAGUGUGGGUGCGUACCACAAGCAAGCCCUUUUACAAAGGACAAUGCCACUACCCAAAUAAAGCCAUGCCAUCAGCUGGCGUGCUGCCCUGGCUGCAAGGCAUGAUGUGUAACAUUGACAAUCCCUGUUUGAACUAUCCCACGCCUGGGGAGACACCGGGCCAAGUCAACAACUUCAACGACUCCAUAAUUGCAGGGAUGUUAAUAGAGCUGCAAACCAUGGUGGUGGAUGGAUCUGUUAUCAGUAAGGCUCAGCUGCUGGCCGAUGACAUUGAACAGUGGUCUACAGUCCUGUCUCAAUCCAACCCUGGGAAUGCUCAACCAGUGAUCCUUAGGACUAUCCUCAGGGACGACGAAACUUUCUCCACUCAUCUUGAAGAGGACUUGUCCAUACCACCAGCACUGGUUGAGAGCCUAAUGAAUGCACGAAUACAGCUCAGUUCUUUACGGGGCAUCACACGGCCACGCCGCCUGAGGAGCAUCCUGUGUGAGGGGACAGAUCUGGAUCAGUAUAUCCAAUUUAGCAGCCAAGCUGAGAGGGAGGCUUUUCAAAAUGUCAGCUGCUCCCUCACCCAACAGCAACUGAUUAACACCCAGCGAGUUCUUCUGCAGAACCUAAACGGAAGGAAAGUGCUUUCAGAGCUUCCAUCAGUGUUGAAUCUGAAUGCAGCAGAGACAGCAACACUUUUAAGAAAAACUACACAAGAUGCACAACCACUGUUUGAGGAGGUGGCCAAGCUGCAGAACUCCAUGACCUUUAGGGCUGCUACUUCAUUAGAUUUCAAAAAUGACAUGAUAGGCAGUAUAAAUAUGCUGCUGUGUGCGAGGGAGGAUGACUCAAAUUCAACCAACAUGUUUGUGAGUUCACGGUCGCCCAAACAGACUGCAAACAACAGCUUCAUGUCCAUCAUGGGAAACAGUUCAGAUGAUUUUUGUCAGACUUUGGUGGACACCCUGGAGGGCACACCUGGUCUGCGCAUGAUUUGGAGCACCUUCAGGCCGUUAUUGCUAGGGAAAGUCCUCUAUGCACCUGAUACACCUGCUGCUCGCCUCAUUGUGAAGGAGGCAAACAGCACAUUUGAAGCCUUGGCCAUGCUUAAAGAGCUUGCUGAUUCGUGGGAUGAACUCGGCCCACGUGUUUGGGACUUCCUUGAAAACAGCACUCAAGUCAACACAUUACGGGCUUUACUGGCAAAUCCAGUGUUUGCCGCUGCACUCAACCAGCGUCUCGACGCCACAGCGUGGACUGCUGAGCUCCUGGCCAACUUUCUUUACAACGGGCCCCCAGAGGAUCGUCCACCUGGCAUGCCGCCCCGUGACUGGCGGGAUGUUUACAACACCACAACUCAAAUCCUGAAGCUCCUCUCCAAAGUCCUCGGUUGUUUAGACCUGAACAAGUUUGAAGCAGCCCCAGAUGAAGGCCUUCUUGUGACCAAAGCCCUGGAGCUCCUGAAGAAUGACACGUUCUGGGCUGCUAUUGUCUUUGAAAAUCUCCAGCUGGACUCCAGCAAACUCCCUCCUUAUGUCAAGUAUAAAAUCCGCAUGGAUGUCGACGAGGUAGAGCAAACUUUAAAACUCAAAGAGAGGUCUUGGGUUCCAGGGGCUCGAGACAACUCCUUUAACGAGCUGCGCUAUAUAUGGGGAGGCUUCGCUUACCUGCAGGACAUGAUGGACCACGGCAUUAUACGAGUGCACACGUCAAAGACCCAACCUCUCGGUGUUUUCGCUCAACAAAUGCCUUAUCCCUGCUUUGUGGACGACGGCUUCAUCGAGAAUAUUGGAGGCAUCCUCCCCAUGUUCCUGGUGCUGGCCUUCAUGUACACUGUUUGCAUGAACAUCAAAGACUUGGUGCUGGAGAAGGAGCUCCGGCUAAAGGAAGUGCUGCGCGCUGUUGGCAUUCAAAACGGUGCCCUCUGGUCUGCUAGGUUCACUGAAAACAUAGUCCUGCUCACAGUUCCCUGUGCGCUCAUAAGUAUCAUGGUUAAGUAUGGCAAAGUGCUACAGUACAGUGACCCUUCGGUAAUCUUCGUCUUCCUGCUGGUAUUCUGCCUGGCCACCAUCACUCAGUGCUUCUUCAUUAGCGUCUUCUUCUCUAAGGCUAACUUAGCGGCAGCGUGUGGCGGCCUCAUCUUCUUUGUCCUCUACCUGCCACACGUCCUCUGCUAUGCCUGGAGGGACGUCAUGGGUUUAGGGCCCAAGGUUGCUGUGAGUUUGUUGUCAUGUGUUGCCUUUGGCUUUGGCGCAGAGACCUUCGCUAAGUACGAGGUGCAGGGCAUCGGUAUUCAAUGGCACAACAUUAACAAGAGUCCAGAAGAGGGAGAUCACUACACCUUUAUUGUUUCCAUCCUCAUGAUGCUCUGUGAUGCUGCUAUUUAUUGGAUCCUCACCUGGUACAUUGAGAACGUCUUUCCAGGCCAGUAUGGAAUCCCUAAGCCGUGGUACUUCCCUUUCACGGCCUCUUAUUGGUGUGGGACAACCGCAGAGAUUCAGUCUAACCCCGGCCUGCUGCAAGACUCCACUGCACUCAAAGCAUAUCUGGAGAAGCCACCGCCUAAUGUGAAACCAGGAGUCUCGAUCCGCAAUCUUGUUAAAAUCUACAAAACUGGGAAAAAGCUGGCGGUAGACGGGCUGAGCGUGGACUUCUAUGAGAAUCAGAUCACAUCUUUCCUCGGCCACAAUGGGGCCGGAAAAACAACCACAAUGUCAAUUCUAACCGGGCUCUUCCCUCCCACGUCUGGCACUGCUCUCAUCAAUGGUUACAAUAUCCUCACUGACAUGGACAGCAUCCGGAAGUACUUGGGGAUGUGCCCACAGCACAAUGUCUUAUUCAAUGAGCUGACAGUGGAGGAGCAUAUUUACUUCUACUCCAGGCUGAAAGGACGCAGCCGAGAUGAGGUGAAAAUGGAGAUGGAUCAGAUGAUUAAGGAUGUUGGUUUACCACACAAGCGGAAGGAUCUUGCUAAGAACCUGUCAGGUGGCAUGCAGAGGAAGUUGUCUGUGGCUAUAGCGUUUGUCGGCGGCUCAAAAAUUGUCAUAUUGGAUGAACCUACUGCAGGAGUGGACCCCUACGCCCGCAGGGGUAUCUGGGAACUGCUGUUAAAGUACAAACAAGGCAGGACCAUCAUUUUGUCGACACAUCAUAUGGAUGAGGCAGACAUUUUGGGCGAUCGUAUUGCUAUCAUCUCCCAAGGCAAGAUGCGCUGCUGUGGCUCCUCACUCUUCCUUAAGAAAUGUUUUGGCAGCGGCUACUAUCUCACACUGGUCCGAGAUGGGACUGAAAAGAUGACGGCUCAGCGUAACGGUAUCAUACAGAGUCAGGCCAAAGAGGAGAAAGAUGUUCCUUUGAGGGGAAGCAGCCCGGAUGAUGGGUUUGGCAGCCAGGGUUCAGACGUUUCAGACCCUUCAGAAUUGACGACCGUGGGUCAACUUGUGCGGCGCCACGUUCCUGAGGCGGUUUUCUUGGAGAGCAUCGGUCAAGAGAUCACCUACAUCCUGCCUUAUGGUGGAGCCAGAGACGGGACCUUUGCCCAGCUCUUCCAAGAGCUAGACGUGUCCAUGGCUGGCCUCGGCCUGACCAGCUAUGGCAUCUCUGACACCACACUGGAGGAGAUAUUUCUGAAAGUGGCUGAAGAUACUGAAGUGGACACGGAAAUAUCCAAUAGCGUUCACUGGCUUCAGUCAAACCACAACACUGCAACAAAGGAGCUGCCGGUGAGAGACUGCAAGAGAAACUCCCGCGAAUUCAAGCGGAACAGCAUCGCCAGCGUCCACUCUAAGACAGAGCAAGUCUCUGGAAUGACGGAGUUGAAAGAAAAAUUCACAAGCAAAGUUGAAGACUUAAACAGGAACACCAGUGUCAGUGGGAGGGGAUCCACGGUCAUCACCGGUUGGAUGCUGAUCAGAAGGCAGUUCCUGGCGCUCUUUAUCAAGCGUUUCCACAACGCCCGGAGGAGCCGCAAGGGACUCAUUGCCCAGGUGGUCCUUCCAGCUGUUUUUGUAUGCCUGUCGCUGAUCUUCUCUCUCAUCGUCCCACCAUUCUCUGAAUAUCCCAGUUUGGAGCUGCAACCCUGGAUGUAUGAUCUACCUCAAACUAAUUUCUACAGCAAUGAUCUGCCAGAUAACACUGAGGUGUCUCGGGUGGUGGAAACCCUGGUAAACACACCUGGCUUUGGGACUCGCUGCAUGGAUGGAGACCCAAUACCGAAUUUGCCCUGUUCGUCAACUGGCUCUGAUUGGUUCACUCCAUCUGUGGAUCAGUCAAUCACAGACAUCUUCCUUAAUGGGAACUGGAGUAUGUCCAACCCCUCCCCUUCCUGUCAGUGCAGCACACCUAAGCGGACCAUCAUGUUACCCGACUGCCCACCUGGUGCUGGGGGGCUCCCUCCACCUCAGAGGAUCCAGAAUACAACAGACACACUGCUGGACUUAUCUGGACGAAACAUGUCUGACUUUUUGGUCAAGACUUAUGAGCACUCUGGUAAAACAAGGUACGGAGGGAUAUCUGUCGGAGCAGUCAACUCCCAAGUCCGUCUGACCGAGGCAGCAAUUGAAUCCACUUUCAAGGAUCUCACGGACCUAUUCAGCUCAUUUCAAGAUAAUAUGACUGAUCAGAUCUUCCCGAAGGCUGAGGCGCUGCUGAAGAAGCUGGGAACCAGGGACAACGUAAAGGUGUGGUUCUACAACCAGGCAUGGCACAGCAUCCCAUCCUUCCUUAGCGUGGCCAACAACGCCAUCCUGAGGGGGAACCUGCUGGCAGGAGAAGACCCCCACCAGUACGGCAUCUCUGUGUCCAAUCACCCUCUGAACCUGACCAAGGCUCAGCUCUCCUACGUUGCUAUAGCAACGACCUCCACGGAUGUAGUGGUGUCCAUCUGCGUUAUAUUUGCCAUGUCCUUCAUCCCAGCCAGUUUUGUCCUUUUCCUCAUCCAGGAGAGGGUGAACAAAGCCAAGCAUCUGCAGUUUGUCAGUGGAAUAAACCCAACUGUCUACUGGUUAGCCAACUUUGCCUGGGAUAUGUGUAACUACAUCGUACCCUGCUUGAUAGUCAUCGUGAUCUUCCUCUGCUUUCAACAAGAGUCCUACGUGUCUCCUGCUAACCUGCCUGCUUUGAUCCUGCUGCUAGUUUUGUAUGGGUGGUCCAUCACCCCCAUGAUGUACCCCGCCUCUUUCAUCUUCAGUGUUCCCAGCACUGCGUAUGUGGUGCUCACCUGUGUCAACCUCUUCAUUGGGAUUAACGGCAGCGUGGCCACCUUUGUUAUGGAGCUCUUUGAUGAUGAUAAUGUGUCCCGCAUCAACGACAUCGUGAAGCAGGUGCUGCUGAUAUUCCCACACUUCUGUCUGGGCAGAGGGCUAAUCGACAUGGCCAAGAACCAGGCGAUGGGCACACUCUUCAGCAGUUUUGGGGAAAACCGUUUUAAGGACCCACUUAGCUGGGAAAUGGUGGGAAAGAACCUCUGCGCAAUGGCCAUUGAAGGCGUAGUCAUGUUUGCUGUCACAAUCCUCAUCCAGUAUAAGUUCUUCUGCAAACCAAGGCUUAUUACACCAAAGUCAUUAUCUGAAGAGGAAGAGGAUAUCGAUGUGGCGCGUGAGCGUGAGCGGGUCUAUGAUGGAAGGGCCCAGAAUGACCUUCUGCGGAUCUGUGACCUUACUAAGGUGUACCCCCGGAAGAGCACCCCUGCUGUGGACAGGCUAUGUGUAGGCGUACCUGCCGCUGAGUGUUUUGGUUUGCUGGGAAUCAACGGGGCUGGAAAAACUACCACAUUUAAGAUGCUGACAGGAGACAUCCCAGUCUCCAGCGGAGAGGCCUUCUUAAAUGGAUACAGCAUACGGACAGAAAUGAGGACAGUGCACCAGAACUUGGGCUAUUGUCCCCAGUUUGAUGCCAUUGAUGAGCUGUUGACUGGGCGAGAACAUCUGGAGUUUUACGCCAGGCUACGAGGGGUACCAGAGAAGGAGGUCACCAUGGUUGCUGAAUGGGGGAUCCAGAAACUGGGACUCAUCAAAUAUUCCAACAAGUCAGCGGGAACAUACAGCGGCGGGAACAAACGCAAACUUUCCACUGCAAUCGCUCUGAUCGGAUGUCCUCCUGUGAUUUUCCUGGAUGAGCCCACCACUGGGAUGGACCCCAAAGCCCGGCGCUUCCUGUGGGACUGCAUCCUGAGUGUCAUCAAAGAGGGACGUUCAGUUGUUCUCACAUCACACAGUAUGGAGGAGUGUGAGGCACUGUGCACACGCAUGGCCAUCAUGGUAAAUGGGCGCUUCAAGUGUUUUGGUAGCAUCCAGCAUCUGAAGAACAGAUUUGGAGAUGGCUACACGGUGAUAGUGAGGGUUGGAGGCUCUCCUCCUGAGCUUCAGCCAGUCGAGGAUUUUGUUCAGCAGACGUUCCCAAGCAGCGUCCUGAAGGAGAAGCAUCACAACACACUGCAGUAUCAGCUUCCAUAUGCUCAGGGAGCUUUGGCCAACAUCUUCAGCCAGUUCACCAACAACCAGGAGAGGCUGCAUUUGGAAGACUACUCAGUGUCCCAGACCACUCUGGAUCAGGUCUUUGUGAAUUUUGCAAGGGACCAGCAUGGAGAGAAUGACUCUCAGUCUUAUGAUAAUCCAGUGGACAUUACAGAUGAGCUGCCAUUACAGUCUGUGAAGACCAUCCAAGAGGAGAGGGUUUAAUACUGAUGAGAAAGGCGUAACACGUUGCACUUAGACUGGAACAGCAAUAUACUUUAAAUGGAUCUGAAUGCAGACAGACAAACUGAACAAAGAUCAGAUGCAUUGCAAAGCAUGCCCUCAUUCCCAAAAACAUUCCCAAAAAAUCUCAAAACAAGUUUGAAGCAUUUCAUGGGUAUUUUUGUUCAAAAGAAAUACGCUCAAUGAAAAUUUAACGAUUUUUUAAAGAAUUUAAUGGUUAUGAAUCGAUGUGCAUUCAAAAAAGGUGAAGUAUUCUCUCCGCACUGGCAGAUUUUCUCUUGCACUAGGAAAAUAAACUCAAAGGACUGAAUUAUAGAUGCAAAACCACCUGAUUAGAUGAUGUUUGCAGCAUGCAGCUAUGUGGAAGAAAUACUAUAAUUCAAACAAGUUUUAAGAACUUAUCAAACUCUAAAUUUAAAGUAUGUUGCUGGCAACUUCUAUCUCAGGAACUGAAAGCCUUUUGCAUUGCACAUCAUGUAGAACACCCCAGGUUUAAUUACAAAAACGGCUCAUAUUUUUAUAUGUAUAUAUCCAUUUUUGGUAAUAAUGAUUUGCACUUUGAAUGCUUAAAGAGUGUGGACAUUUAUCAAGAGUAUAGAUCAUUUAAAUAUUUACACAUUAAGACGUUAAACUAAACCAGUUUCAACCUAUUUUUGACACUUUAGCGGCUAAGGCUGAUUAGAAAUCAAUAACUCCAUCAGGUGUGAGCAGACAAGUAGAUUUAUUAUACUGAAUUAAUUCAUCUCUACCAGCCGUCUUGUAUGUUGUCUUCAACAAAAGCUUCACACAGCCUGUAUUCUCUAAGCACAGCUUUCAGACAACUCAGUCAGAUUCAGCAAUUAUGAAUAAAGUGGACUCACAAUAGAGACAUCUUUUAGAAUUUUUAAUAAGCAAAAAAUCAAGAGACUUAUUUUGUAUGACUUUUUUUAUGUAUUGCAUUAUGAAGUGUGCUAGUUUUAUUUAUAACUUUUUUUCUUUAAUGAACCAUAAAAACUUGUUUUUGUGAUAGGACAUGCUGAUACUGGCACCCUGGUGUUCUUCUAUAACCAUUGUGAACCUCAUAGAAAAGGAGCACUCCGUCUCAUACUCAUAACUGUGCAGUUAAAGAGAAUACAUUUUCUCACUAUGUGCCUUGCCAACACAACAGGAUAGCUUUGAAAACCAUUGUACAAUCAAUGAAUAAUGAGCCUGUGGAUGGCAUAUUUUAUUUAUCAUUUUAAUUUGUGUAAGCUUUGUGACUAUGCAUGUGUUAAUCAUUGUAUUGAAAUUGACCGUUUGCUAAGGCCUGCUCUAUUUAGUUUCUGUUUAAAGGUCUGUCAGCUUCUCCAUAAAAUUUACUGCCUUAUCUUUACAAUACAGUGCGAUACAAUGGAGUACAACAGAAUUCGCUCUGAUGUUCCCAUGGGAAAUUGUGUUUAGGACCACAUUUAGUUUCAGCUUUCAAUUCUGAAAUGUGCUGCACAAUAUUUCAAAAAGCAAUCUUAAUGAAUGCCUAGUUUCAGCUUGUCAAUUAAGAUGCUUUGACACUAAGAAGUGCUGAUUUUCCAGGUGUGAAGACAACCAGUGUCACCAGAUUUUUUUGUGGUGUGGCAACAUACCUAGUUCAACUAAUUGUAGCUCACUUUUGAUUCAACAACCCAUCUUUGACAAUCAUAAAUAACUAGAGCCCUGUGCAAGACUCUUAUCUUAAUCCCACUCCUGCCUGCUUCCACAACAGGUGUGACAAAUCCUGUCCAUAUCCCACACGCAUUCCACACGAUAAACACGAUAAUCCAUGUUAGGUAUUCAGAAUAACAGACAGUGCAUUUAGUUAAAGGCAAUAUUGCAGAUAUGUUCACUUAAGCCCCACCCUGACUAAAGUUCCUCUCUGAAUGAAGGAAAAAGUAAGAAAACAAUCACAUCCUUAUCAUGUGUAACAAAAAAAAAAAAAAAACAGCUGAGAAAUUGUUUCCUGAAACUGUUUCCUGAUCUCUGGAAAGUUUAAGUGUCAUAAAAGCUGCAGUGCAGUUCCAUCAGCUCUCGCAGACAGUAUGCUAAUCUUUACUCUAUUCAUGCAGUGCUAUCACCAUCCUUGUCAUUAGCUGCUUAAUGCAAUAAGGCCAAUCUGCAUGGAAAAAGUUUAUUUUCCCAAAAUAACUGCAUAAUGGCUCAUUGUCUCUGUACACAGGUACUUAUUGCAUUUAUUGGCCUACGACAUAGUAAGGGGAGCAUUAAAGCUGUGCCAUUUGACUUAUUUACAAAGUUUUAGUGCACACGCUUUAUUGUGGAGCUUUAACAAAGCAUCACAGGGCUCACCUGCGAUGUGAUGCUAGCUACACAGAGACAGAGCCAUAUUCAAACAUGUUUACGCAGCACCAGUGACUACAGCUGGCAAAACAGCAAUUGCACUGCGAUUUCUCAAUUAAUUAUUCUAACAGCAACAUGUGGCACAUCUCCUGUACUGUCUUGUAUAGUAUGAGCACACAGAAGCAGGGAUGGGACCGAUCCGAUCCAAUAUCGGUAUCAGGUCUGAUAUGGAUGUAAUUAAUAGAUCGGAUAUCUGGCUGAUGGCGCCGAUCCAAGUGACUGAUCCAAAUCCAUCCUACAGUUUGCGGUAGACCAUGAACGCAUCGCAGUCUGUGUGUAACUGAACUAGAAUUAGUUAGGAUGUUCUUAGCGGUAUAAUUACCUAGUAGAUUAAACGUGUAUCUAUAUUUAGAAUAGUCAAAACUGGUCUAAAGAUGAGAGAACAAAAAGAAGAGUGGGUGUGAAGUUAGCCUGAUAACAGGCGGCGCUUGCAUUGAAAGCUAGCGCUGCUAGCGCCUUCAUUCCUCUUUGCAGAUUAAUAUUGCGCUUUGUUAUUUGGCCUCUUUUCACUUGGAUGAGUAGUCAUACGUGAGCUUAACCCUUGACAGCCCACAUACCACUUUAUUUCCAUUUACUCCUUUGGAAAACUGUCGCAAACUGCCGUUAGCCAUUAGCCACCAACAAGCUACUAAUUGUUGACAUUGGGUGAAGGGUCAGAGAGGAAGGCUGUGGCCAUUAACUGAAGCUACAGCGGUCUCUAGUGGCGGGAGGUCCGUUACAGUUUAAAAGAGCAUUGUAGACAGGGAUUUCAAGCACGUGUUCAUAAAAAAUGAUAGGUAAUUAGUUUAACCGACUAGUAAAUCAAUGUUUAGUAGUAGUUCAAGAUAAUUUGUUUGGAAUACAUUUUAAUCCAAUUCAUUUUUGUAUUUUUUUGCUUUUUAAUAAGAGGAGCUGGGUGGUUUACUACAGCUUCAUUCACACAUUAUACCGACAGCAAUAAUAAUUGUUUAAAAAAAUAUAUAUCGGAAUCAGUAUCAGUAUCGGCACUUAUUUAUCGGAAUCGGAUCAGAACUGAAAAAAAGUGGAUUGGUGCAUCCCUAUACAGAAGUGCUUUAAAGAGAGCAUACUUUGAUUGGGUCUCCUCUGAAUUCUGUAUGACUAAACAACAACAAUAAUAGCUUAACAACUCAAAAUUGUUAAUACCUUUUGUUGUAGUGGCUAAUUUUGAAUUUGACAUGCUUAUUGUUAUGCUUUUAUGUUUUGUCCACCCAUCAUCCACUAACAUGCCGACUAUUCAGCACAAUAAAUAAAUGUGGUGUGGCAUUUCUCUGGGAAAAGUUGUGAAAGGAUUUAGAGCUGAAUUACCUCAUAAGUUCUCUCUACAAUUAUGUAAACAUAUAUAGAUAUGUAAGUGUAAUAUUGCUUUUUGACCUUGCUAGUAGAGUUGCUAAUGAGGCUAGUAACAAGCAAGAGUUAAAUGCUGCCCACAAUUAAAUUGAACAAGAUAGACUUUAUUUUAUCCAUUUAUCACACUUGUGUUUGUUUAUAUUUGUGUGUUCAUACAGGGAGAGCUUGGCAGACCAGCUGUGCUUGCAGUUUCUAGGAAACCUCAGGAAUAGGGAGGCCUUAGUAAAUGGUCACUUAGACUGCCAUUUUUGCUACUUGCUGAUUUAAAAAUACAGAAUUAUUAAACUGCUUUUUUUUAUGUAAAAUGCCCUUCCUGGUAUAUAUUUUUGACAUAAGCUGUACAAAAUGAAAUAGUAAGUUAAUGAAUUGAUGACUCUUAAGGCUCAGGAAUGUUUUACAUGUAUUUUUAACACUGGAAUAUCCACAUAAAGAUGUAGACUUGUUCACAUUUUUAACACUGUACUGUAAAGCGUUGUAUGUAAAGGCCUUUGCACUCUGAGUCCGUUUGCCACGUGUUUUAAAAAAAAAAAAUACAAUCCUAUGCUGUCUCAAUCAUACUAUUCUAAAACUUUUGUCCUUCAUUUAUCUUGGAACAGGUUGGAUUUUUUGCAUCUGUCUAAGUCAUUUAGAUGGAUGUUUGAAUAUUCAAAGAAUGAGCUGCAGCUCCUUUUCUUCCUUACACUGAAUCUUCACUUCACUCAGUGUUGUGCUUGUGCAUUCAGCAGAUUCAACCAUGUAAGAAGAAAAAUUAGACUGAAGAUGCACUUUUUCACCCUAACUUGGCACAUGGCCAUUAAACAUGCGCUUGUGCAGUGAAUCCAUACUAAUGACAGGCUCAGACAGAAGUGGAUGGACCCAGUGUUUCUUGUUUUGUUCCAAGGAGAAAAGAAACACAAAAUCAUGGUCACUGCUUUUUGUCCUGUUUGUCUCACUGUUAAUAGAAAAAUAUCUGCGUCACAUUUUAGUUGCAAGGUUUGUGUGCAACAUUUUUAUUGUAUUACAGAACCCAAAACACGUCUGAAAAAACAAACUCAGUGUGCAAAGGCCUUAACUCUUCUGACAGCUAAGAAUCCUGCUGUUGAGAUGAUUUGGCACUUUGUUCAGAAUGUAAAUACCUCUUCAGUUUGCCUCUCACAGGCGGUCUGGUUUGCAUUGAGAGCCUGACAUCAUUUGUACACCGUGCUAAGUCCUCACAUUACUAUCAGGCUUGUUGGAAAAGAAAAACGAAUCCUAUUUGUACUGAAUAUUGCUUCAUGCCAAGACAAACGA